CAUUCGGUAUUCGGUAGCAGUGCGUAGUAGGUUGUCAUUCCGAUCGGAGUUGUCCGUUGUUUCGCGAUUUUGAAAGAGUGCAUGCUAUUGCAGUGAUACGGUGCGGUAUAAUACGGUGCCCGUUGAAUAUCUAUGUGUCUCGAUAUCACGAUCGCAAGAGAGUGCAGUUUGUUCAGUUGCGGGUCUUGUCGCGAUCGCGAAAACUGUGUCUAAAAACAGUGAACGUUACUCAAGAGACUAUUGCGUCUCGCCUCGUAUCGUCUCGUCUCGUCUCGUCUCGCCUCGUUUCGUUUCGUCUCGUCUGGUCACGUACGCCUCCUCGUCUCGCCUCCGUCUCCCUGUCCUGUCAUUUAUCAUCCGGACGGCCGUCGAAUCCGCGAAAAGUGCAUGCUACCUUAGAUUGACAGUGUCUCGCGAUCGCGUAGAAUGUUGGAUCGCGACACGGCGAUACAUCUCGUCGCCGGAGGAGUGGCUGGUACAGCAGGAGCGAUAGUAACUUGUCCGCUCGAAGUAGUAAAAACCCGAUUGCAGUCGUCAUCUUCCGGUUUUCAUCCGCCGCCAGUAAGCAAAGAAUUCACAUCCGGUCAUCCCACAUGUAAGGGCUCGCCGACGCCUGAACAACGCAGGAGGCUAUGCACUGGAUAUCCCAGAUAUUCCAGCCACUUCGUGGCCCUCUCGCAUUUUGGCGUUUCGACCUCGCCUCCGAAUUCUUCCCGACACGCGCCAGGCAUCUAUCAGUGCUUAAGGUAUAUUAUCAAGAAUGAGGGAGCACGAGGAUUAUUCAAAGGUCUCGGUCCUAAUCUCAUCGGUGUGGCACCGUCCAGAGCUAUCUAUUUCUGUGCGUACUCGAAGAGCAAAGUUGCGUUCAACGCGAUCCUACCUCCCGACACACCGAUCGUUCAUGUUUUCUCCGCGUCCUGCGCUGGUUUCACCGCAUGUACAUUGACAAAUCCGAUUUGGUUUGUAAAAACCAGACUACAGCUGGACCAUCGAUCACAAAAAGUCACAGCAAUAGAAUGCAUGCGGAGGAUAUAUCAAAAAUCGGGUAUUUUAGGAUUCUAUAAAGGCAUCGUGGCGUCCUACGUAGGCAUAAGUGAGACUGUGAUACACUUUGUGAUAUACGAAGCGGUAAAAGCAUGGCUAGCCACGCACAGGUCACGAGCUUCACAGGCAGACGACAGGAAGACGUUCCGCGACUUCAUCGAAUUUAUGGCAGCGGGAUCGUUUUCGAAAACGAUAGCGUCAACCGUUGCCUAUCCUCACGAAGUCGCAAGAACCCGAUUACGAGAAGAAGGUACCAAAUAUCGCACUUUCUGGCAAACUCUGAGCACCGUGUGGACGGAGGAGGGCACAAAAGGUCUCUAUCGCGGCCUCGGUACACAGUUGAUUCGACAGAUUCCGAACACCGCUAUCAUAAUGGCAACGUACGAGGCGGUGGUAUAUGUGCUGACACAACACUUCCGGCCCGUUACAGUGGCGACAUCCAGCACUGAUGCGGCAUCGGAAUUUUACAGCGAAGCUAAGGCAAAAAGACAGUUGGCCUAGGAUUUGCUUACGGCCCCCGAGUAAAGGGCCACCUACCAAUCGUUUCCUUUUCUACAGCAGGCGAAUAUUGCGUACUUUCGGGAUACCUAAUAUCUAAUCAUCUAAACAUCUAGACGCAACAAAAGAGAGCGGCUCGACGUUGGAAACAUGCUCGAUGUCAUAAUCGUUGCUCCUGGGGUACUCAAAAAGGUACCAGCGCAUUGAUUGUACUGUGCUCUAACAGUAUAGCAAAAAGUAGUCCUUCCUCCUUUCAGGUAGCAUGUACGUAGCCGGAGAUGGACCCGGUGUAUCUUGCAGGAAAAGAAAGAGAGAGGUGAAAUUAGGAAAAGCGGAUGUUAUUUAAUAAUGUCACAUAGACAUUAGGAAGCUGAGACUUCGCUUCUCGCGAAAUCGUGGAUGCAUAUGAAUGCGGAAAAAGGGCUUAUAUUGCGACAUCGUGGAUGAAUGCUGAAAAGGGGCUUGUAUUAUGUUAUCAGAUUUAUUCAAAAUAAGAUUAUCUUUUGCUCUAAAAAGCCGAAUUCCAGGAUCUGAAUUUAGAAUGUGUGAUGCUAUUAGAGUCAUUGUAAAUUUCAGGUCUCUUUGACGAGUUUUGCUUUUGGUGCUAUUCUCUAUUUCACGAUUUGCAGUUUUUUUUCUUUUUUUUUCCUUUUUUUUUUUCUUUUUUUUUGUCUUGUAUGCUGUCAUAUUUUUUGUUUAUAAGAACAAAAUGAAGGUGAAAAAGAAAAUGCAAAAGUACAGAUUUGCUGUGUAGAAUUUGUUAUUAUAUAAUGCUUGAUGAAAGCAGCAUAUAUAAUAAUUCUGAUUUUGUGAAUUAUGCUAGACGUUUUUAAGUCGCUUCAAAUGUGAUUAUUAUGUUUUUGUUAGAAAUAAAUUAUCUUAUCUGAUUCUUGUCGUGCAAAUAAUAUAGAUCCACUCCAUAAAAGUUUCGACACAUUUCCAUUCUAAACCUUUAAUAAAACUCCUAUUGAGCGUUUGUAACAUUGUGAUAAGUAUUUCGAUAUUGAAUUCUAUAAUUAGAUUUUAUUAAUUAUUUUUUGUUUGAUGUUUUACUAAACUUUUAUGCGAUGUUAUAUCAGAUAAUGAUUCUUUAACAGUAAUAUUGAAAACUACACCAAUUAUUUUAUUUUUAUAUUAUUGCAUCUCUUUAAGAAAUAUUACCAAAAAUGAUAAUUUAUUAUUUAAUAUAAAAUAAUUUUCUCUUGGAACAUAUGUGUCUUAUAUAUUUAAUACUUAUUAAGAUCAUUAAUAAAUAAAUAAAUAAUAAAUAAAUUAUUAAAUAUAAAAAUUAAAUUAAAUUGUAUUCAUAAUGAAUCUUUGAAAUGCUACGAAUGGUUACAAUGUUCUAUGUUUCUUCAGUUUCAUAUUUGCUACAACAACAUUUGUUAUAUGAAAUUGUGCCAGAUAGCUUUUAAAAAUUCUUGGAAUUAGCUGUAUUAUAAUUUAUAAAAAUUUUAAGUGUUUCUGAAUCUUGUUUUACUGCAAAAAUUUGAAAAAAUUGGUAAAGUUAUUCUCAAUAAUACUUUUAACAGUUUCGCGAAUACUCAUGACAGAAAUAUGUAAUUGCAUAGAAAGAUUAUUUUGAAGAAAAAUAUAUAUAUUCAAACAUACAGAAAGAGAAAGAGAGAGAAAGAAGAGUAUAAAUAAUAAUGUUUUAAAUUCUUUUGAAAUAAGUCCGUAAAUUUUUUUGAACAGCUUUGUAAAUUAUUAAACAAAUAUAAUUUUAUUAUUGUGACAAUUCUAUUCAGUAUAUAUUCUUUAUAUGACAAUUUUACUACAUUUCCUCAUAUACUUCAAUAAUCCGAUUUUAUCAGAUUUUUAUCUCACAAUUUUCCUCACUGAUAUCUCGCUAGUAUGCGAUAAGGCGCAAUAUUAUUCCUUAAUGAAGCAACGUAUAUUUGGUCAAAUUUACUCUUAGACAAAAACAAGAAUGUUAAUGUUAGAAUAUCAGAAAACUAGAGCGUGUGUUAGGCUGUUCUGAUAGUUUCCAUUUUAUUUAUGUAGAAAGAUAUCGCGCCGUUGUGUACAUAUCGAACCAUAGGUCGUAGAUGUACAUUUACGAGCGUUUAAAUUAAUUAGUUAUAUAUAACAUCAUAUAUUGUACAAUCUUUAGCAAAAGAGUUACAAAAUCAUUAUACAAAAACGUAGAUAUACUUACCGUACAUCUUUCAUAGAUCUGUUAUCAGAUACAGUUUUUACAUUUUUCAUUAUUCAUUUUUUGAAUUAUCCUGAAACGUACAUAUAGUUAAUUUUAAAGUAAAAUACUAAAAAAUCGAAUUUGUUGACUUUAAGGAAAUUAUUGGAUAAGAGAUGUGGAAAGAAAACGUUAAUUUUUCUAUUUUAAUUGAAACGAAUGCUGUAAGAAUCGUUAAAAAACUCAUCAAAAGAAUCGUUUAAUUUUUUCAAUUUAUUCAAUUUUUAUUUUUACGUAAUUUCCCAUAUUUGUUCUCGUUAAAGCAUAAUAAAAGAUCAUAAUUUUAAUCUUUAAAAUACUUAAACAAUUUAUGAUAAUACACUUAAGAUUAUGAUAAUAUUUCCAAAUACGUACAUUUCAUUAUAUUUUUAUCAAUUAUUAAUAUAUGAUAUUAUUUCUACACAAUAUGGCUAAUUUUCUGAUAUUGAAAUAAAAGUUAACAUUUUAUAUCAACGUUUUAGAGUUAAACUCAAUAUAUUUCCUGCGCACACAAUUGUAUGACGUUCAAAAACUUUUAUUAAUUAAUUAUAAUAUAUCAUUUUUUGAAGUCAUACUUAUACUUGUACUCGAUCAAUGAUAUUUGGUUUAUAUCAAUUUCAAUCACGAGAACCGAAAAUUAUGUUGUGGAUUAAUAAUUAAAAUAUAUGUGUAUAUUUCAUCAAUUAUUUAGGAUGAUCUCUUGCUAUACGUAAAAAAAAGCUGUGAUUUUAUUUUAUUCAUUAUCAGUGGAGCUUGGCGUUUAGCGAUUAAAUAAUGUGACAAAUUAUGCAAUGUUUAUAUAAAAUUUUAUAAGUCGCAUAAUUAUAGAUAAUUCAGAAAUAAAAAAGGACUCUUGACUUUUGUUUGUUUAAAAUAAGUUUUAAUAAAAAUAUAUAAAAAAUUAUAUUGUUAAAAUUAGUAUCUUGAAAAUUAAAAAAAAAAUAUGUAAUAAAUGAGUUGUCUCAUUUAAUUCAAAGAUUAGUUCUAAUUUGCUUAAUAUAUAAGAAAAAUAUGCUUUUAGAACAUCACUGAUAUAUAAUUGUUAAUAUCAUGUUGAGCCUUCAUUAUGAUACUGUUGUCAAUUGUAAACAUAUGUGCAAGGAAUUCAGAUACUAAGUGACAAGCUGUUGUUAAUUGUGCAUAGUCAUUAAAUAAGAAUAUCAUCCAUCUCUAAAAAAAAUUAUAAAGAAACAGAAGAAUCAGAUGCCAAGUUGUAAAGUAUGUACAGAUAUUAGAUAGAGAGUGAUUAUUGGAAUUAAAGGAUGAAUUUUUGUAACGAAAUUGGAGACGAGAGAUGACAAAAAUGCAAAGAGAAUGAGAAAGCGAGAGAAAGUUUCGUGUAUUCACGAGAAGCGAGCGUUUCGUUAAAGACUGAUGUUGUACAAUUACUUAGCAUAGGAUGAAAAAAUUCUUAUGUAUAUAAAUAUAUAUACAGGGUCUUGUGUAUGGGGUAACAUCUCGUUGAAAAGAAUUAAAAGUAAUUUAAAUAUCUGAAAAUUAUAUGUAAAAAAUAUGAAGAUCUUACGUCUUUAUUUUUCUAAUUAAAAUUUUGCAUUAUUUUCUAUUCAUAUUCUGAUAGAUAACUGAGAUGAAUUUAAUGAUCGAAUACAAAGGAUUAUUCAAAUUUAUUAUUCAAGUUAAAUAAAGAGAGAAAGAAUCAUUAAUUUCCCAUCUUGCAAAAUCGAUUUUCUUAGAAAGCUUCGCAUGAAAACAUUACAUUUUACAAUUUCAAUUUAUUUAUCAUUUAAAAUCAUUACCCCUUCUCGAUUGUAACAACAAUUGCAGAAUACUCUGUAUAGAAAUAUUAUCUUAUGAUACUUUGUAAGACACAGCUGUAAUGUACGGAUAAAUAAAAUUUAUGUGUAUAUAUAAAUAUCUCAAUAAAGGUAAAACAUAAUGUUA